UAUACAUUAUACAACAGCCUAUUGGUCAACCUGCUAAGUCAAAAAAUACCAUGAAAAACAAAGAAAGAUUGACAUAGCCACAUACAUUUAGAAAGCCUUAAUUCCAAUGUUAAUUUCCUUUAAACAGUAGUGAAUGAAAGCUGCAUGGGUUGAGCCAGAACUUUCAAUAUUUCUUGUUUCGUUGGACUUAUUAUUAUUAUUAACCCCUCCCCAAAGAUUAGGUAUAUAUUCUUUUCACCUUCUGUUCAAGGAUGCAAUGAAUCUGCAAAGAAACAUUUUAGCUUAUGGUUGAAGUUGGACCUUGAAAUUAACCCAUAUAUAUAUUAUUCAUGAUUUUUGAGAAUACACUCUUUUACAUUAGUCUAGCACAACAAAAAAGGACCUAAUUACUUCCGUUUCCGGUACAUUACUAAUAUAAAUAGUAAUGUACCCUUGUACUGUAUGAUUCACCAAUGAGCCAAUACCUGUCACUGAGUUUAACAUAGAAAAAUAUGUUCAAUAAUUGCAAAUUCACUAAUAAUAUAUCUAAAGUCCUAGUCACACUUGAUAUAAAUUAGUCCAAAACCAUAUGGAUUUAACUUUGAAAACAAAGUAUUGUGAGUGAGAAAGAAAGCUCAUCAAACCUUAACACAUACACUAGUCACUCACAUGCAAAGUUUUGGAGAACACAACUUGAACCAUUUCUUAACCUAACCUUGUGACAACAUCUUCUGUUAGGUUUUGUCAUGCAUGUGACAUAGAAAACACAACAAUUAUUAUAGAAUUAUAUUCUUUGUUUAAUAGAAAUGUAAUUUUAAUAUUGAGCUACCAAGUUCUCUUACUCUUCUUUAUAAAUUGGAGGCAUGCACCAACCACAUAGCCAAGAGUUAAAAGCUAACCUGAUUAAAGAGUGCUUGAUUUCUAAGUCGUAACCAAAAAAAAAUGUGGGAAAGGGGUUCAGUUUCAAUUCCUCUAGAUACUAGCUACCAAAAUAAAAGGAAGAUAGAAAACUGAAAUUACCAAAAUAACCCCAAGAAAGAGAGAAACUAGUAUAUCCAUGGAUCCACCAAAGAAAUCUAACAAGAUCAAGGACAUUGUCAGGCUUCAACAGAUCCUCAAGAAAUGGAGAAGGAUUGCCAACUCUUCAAAAUCAAGUGACAACAACAACAACAACAAUCAUAGCGGCAGCACCAGCAGUAAAAGCAUCAACUUUCUGAAAAGGACACUUUCUUUGUCCGAACGUGACAAAGGAUCGUCGAGCAAUGCAGUUCCAAAAGGCUACUUAGCUGUUUGCGUCGGACUAGAGCUCAAGAGAUUUGUCAUACCCACUGUAUAUUUGGGUCACCAAGCCUUUCACAUGUUGCUAAGAGAAGCUGAAGAAGAGUUCGGGUUUGAGCAGACCGGCGUUCUGAGGAUUCCUUGUGAAGUAUCUGUGUUUGAGAGUGUCCUGAAGAUGGUGGAGGAAAAGGACAAGUUUUCGGCUCACAAUUGCGGAUUAUUCAGUGUAGAAAAGAUGAUGAUGGGGUACUGCUCCUUCAAUCAGCUUACUUAUUCGCAUCAUCCUCAAAGUCCUAUGUGCAGAUAGAUAGAUAGAUAGAUAGAUAGAUAGAUAGUAUAGGAAUCUGACAUUGUCCAUUUUUUUUUUUUAUAAUGUUCUUUCUAUCUGAAAGUGAAAGUGAAAGUGAAAGUGAGGGAGAGUGAUUUAACUAGAUGUAAGAUAACCCCUUUUGGGGUAUUAUGAAGCAAAUAAUGGUUGUUUUAUAGAAGUGCUACUCUUAAUCAUAUAUAAUUCUAGAAUGAUCUAGAGUUGAAAGUUUUUCAUAUUUAACAAUCAAGUGCUACUCUUGAUCAUACACAUGCAGUAUCAUAUACAGAUUAUAGAACUUGGAAAUAACUCUUCUUUUCAAAUUGAACUCACUACCAAUUUUUCAAAAG